ACGACACCGAUAUGCUUUUUACAACGUUUUGCAGGUUGUAUACUCAGUUUCGCUGUUUUUGGACCAAAGUUUUACAAAGUGUGGUGGGGACUCCUUGUUGGAACUUUUUAAAGCUAAGAUUCUCCAAAUACGGGCCCAGCAAAUGCUAGUGCAGGACCAGUGCUCCCAGUGUUCCCAGCAGAGUGUCGGAGGGGCGUGAAGAGUGAGACGAGGCCGGAGGUUCCGUUGAAGUACCGGGAGGACCGGGACAACACGGUGGUAAAAUGGCGAAAACAUACGACUAUCUGUUUAAACUGCUGCUGAUUGGUGACAGCGGCGUCGGUAAAACCUGCCUGCUGUUUCGGUUCAGUGAAGACGCCUUCAACACCACCUUCAUCUCCACCAUCGGAAUCGACUUUAAGAUCAGGACAAUUGAUCUUGAUGGCAAAAAGAUCAAACUUCAGAUUUGGGACACAGCAGGUCAGGAAAGGUUCAGGACCAUCACAACGGCCUAUUACAGAGGAGCCAUGGGCAUCAUGCUGGUGUAUGACAUCACCAACGAGAAGUCCUUUGAUAACAUCAGGAACUGGAUACGCAACAUCGAGGAGCAUGCAUCGUCAGACGUGGAGAGGAUGAUUCUGGGAAACAAAUGUGACAUGAAUGACAAGAGACAGGUGUCCAAGGAGAAAGGAGAAAAGCUUGCUAUUGACUAUGGAAUCAAGUUUUUGGAAACCAGUGCAAAGUCCAGUAUCAACGUGGAGGAGGCUUUUUUCACACUCGGCAGAGACAUCAUGACUCGACUUAACAGAAAAAUGCAGAAUGACAACAACCCAUCAGGAGGAGGUGGGCCGGUUAAAAUCACAGAGCCUCGGUCUAAAAAAAGUUUCUUCAGGUGUACACUGUUGUAGGAGGAGCUCCCACUCUCACCUCCUUCUCCAGCUGCAGCAGAACUGAACCUGCUGCUGCAGGACGGAAGCGUCGCUGUGCACACCAGCUGAGGAACAAACCUGUGGAAUCAUGAAGAACUGAAACUUCUUCAUAUUGAAUCUGCUCCUUCAGGAGCGUCUCUGCUUCUUAAUCAGCUAAUCAGCUCAGAUCUCCAUGCUCAUCUCCUGCACGCCCUCCUCCUCCUCCUCCUCCUCCUCCUCCUCCUCCUGUUUGUGUUUUUUACUUGGCACCCUGAGAGGAUGCCCAUCAGUCUCGCCCUCUGUUUUAAGACAACGUACGCUCCCUCUUUGAGGAUAUCUCACUCUGGAGAGAACGUGUUGCUCUGUGGAGACGUCUGAGUGUUGAACUGUUUUUGUUUUUUCUAAAUGUCACAGCAGCUCUGCAGAUGUUUGUUUUCUUCAGGCUGAAGGAAAAAACUUUUCAUCCAAAGAAGAGAAGAGCCUGAGGAUCUGAUCAGAUAAGUGAUCAUCGAGCAGAAACAUUAUUAAUGAAUGAAUGUUUGAUGGAAUCUUCUGAUGUUACAAUCCCGCACAUCAUUAUUUACAUAUGAAGACACAUUUAUGUGUCAUAUUAGGGCAGAAAAAAUGCUUUAGUUGAAUAUAAAAUCAAAUACUUGAUCUUCUAAUCUUACAAAGGAUCAGUGAAUACAUGAAUAAUCUAUAUGCAUAAAAUCAAAGACUAUGAGAAAUAUGAAAUGAUGAACGUAUUGUCGUAAAACUCAUUCACCAUUAAUGGGUGUUCUAUUUUUAUUGUUUACAGUUUCUUUACUGAUACUUUAAGUCAUUAAGAUUUAAACCAAAAAACUUUUAGUCAUGUUUAAUAACAUUUAAAUCAAGUAUUUAUAUUAUAAUAGUUUUGAAAUGUAUCAAUAUGAAAUCAUCAAUCAUUAUGCACUGACAUAAAUCUGUAGGUAGAAAACUACCUACGUAGGACAUACUAAGUAUACAGCACAUAUACUCACUAGCCAGUUCAUUAGGUACACCUGUUUGAUUUCUUACAAACUCAAAUAUCUAAUUGUCCAAUCACAUUGCAGUAAUUAUGUAUGCAUGGUAAAUAGGAUGUGCCUAAGAAAGGGGAUUUAAGUUAUUCUAAAUGUGCCAUGGUUGUUGGUGCCAGAUGAGCUGGUCUGAGUAUUUCACACACAAACAGCUAAUCUACUGAGAUUUCUCACACAACCAUCUCUAGCUGGGUUUCUGCAGAUCCUUGGGAAGUCUUAAAUAGUCUUAAAGUACACAUUUGAAAUUUAAGGCCAUAAAAAGUGUUAAAGUCUGAUUUUACAAGUAAGAGGUCUUAAAUCCUAGAGCAAACUUUGACUAAGACAUGUCCAUAUCCUGUAAUAAUCUUUGUUUUCUAGUCAACCUUCCAAUUUUUUAAAGAUUAUUUUGCCUUUAUGCAGACAGGAAUGCUGAAGAGAGACAGGAGAUAUAAAAUAUUUGGAGAGAGUGGGGAGAAGACAUUCACCAAACAGCACAGGGACCGGGAAUAUAUCCCAUAACCAGUACACUGCAGUUUUAAUUUUUUUUUACUAAAACAGUUACUAGAACUAUUGGUCGCCAUCAUUUUUCCCAUGACAAAAACUAGACUAAUACUAACAAAGAAAGAACUGCGAUCACUUAAACUGACAAAAAGUAAGCCGCGUUUUUGUCAAGAUGACUAAAACUAGACGAAAACGUAAUUUCAUUUUCCUCAGACAUUAAAAAUCCAUGAUAUUGCUCCACUGUGAGUAAAUGUUGCAGGUGCAGGUGGGAAUGAAAGGGACGUGCGGCAGGAGAGGGCAGUAAUGGUCAGAAAUCUGAUGGGAGUGGGCAGUAGUGGGAUUAGGAAAGGAGUCCUUCACAGGGCUCUAGUCCACACUGACUUGUAAACAAGAGUGCACAAGCUGAAAAUUAGCAUGUCAGAAUAUGAACCAUCUGUAUCUCUUCUGCCUCUCAGCAGGGACCCCAGGUUUGGCAGAGUGCAGAGAACACACUACCAUGACUUGGUACCAGAUUUAAGCAAGAGAAUAAAUGCUUGGACUUAAAGUAAAGACUAAA